AUGAAUGACCAAAAUUUGGUAGAACAUUGCAAUUGCCUACGACAACAAUCUAAUCACCAACGAGGACAGAAACGCGACGGCACACCUAGCUCAGAUCCAUCACUUAUUCGUCGGCAUACAACGCCUGAUAUGGCGGCUUCGGCCGCAUAUGGAAUGGUGUUGUGCGGCACUGAUGAGCUUGAGCAUCGCUAUAGAGGCCUUAAAUUUGGUGUUCCUGUUAAUGAGGCUUUUUCUCCUGACAUUCCUGCAACUCUUUUGGUGCUUCUGUUGAAAGUAAAUAAGGAAGGACCUCUCAAAAAAGAUAUUUGGCGUGCACCGGGUAACCAAGCACAAGUGCGAAAGCUUUCGAAUAUCAUGCAACAUGGGCGACUUGUUAAUAUUUCGAACAUUAGCGUUUACACCGCUGCCUCUGUCAUUAAACGUUUUCUGGCUAAACUUCCUGGUGGAAUUUUGGGAGCUGAUAACGAGAAACGACUUUUCGAAUCAGUUCAAAAGGAAAAUUUUAGCGAUGAUUCUAAACGUGAACUUUUUUGCAGAAUUGUUUCGAAUUUGCCCAUUCCUUCGCAGCAUUUGAUUGUUCUUCUUUUUGGGACUUUCAGAGUCAUCACUGAUUCUGCCGAAACUUUUGGGACCCGGAUGACUCCUGAAGCAAUUGGAAUUUCUGUAGCACCUUCUCUAUUUCAUACGUGUAUACACGAUGGACAAAGAGCAAAAUUAGAUGAUAUUCUUCGUUUCAAAAUUGCUUCUCAAGUAAUUUCGGAAAUAAUUAGAGGAUUUGGUUACACGAAUCUAUUUCCUCGUGAAUGUUACGAAUUCUACGCUCGCAUAACUGGGCGCACAUUGCGUGUUGAUGAACAAUGGCAUUUUUCGUUCCAGUUGCCAUCAAGAACACUUAGUCAACCGUCCAUCCGAUUUGAGCAAUCAAAGAGCCCUACUCAUCGCCCAGAUAAAACAUCAGAAGAGGAAGAAAUCCAUGAGACAUACGAGGAGUUCUGCGAGGACGAGGAUAUUUAUGGCGAAUCAUUGCCUGGGUUAGCUGGUGGCCGUCCGUAUGCAAGGCGUCGAGAUGUUUCCAAAUCUCUGGAUGAGCAGAGGGCCAAAGCUGAAGGAUGGAGGGAAAUUUUAAUGCGUAAAGGGCGACAAGAGCGUUUAAGCACUUCUAUGGGCGAUGUGAUUGUUCACAGUGAGGAGGAAGGAGAUCCUACUGAAUGUGGAAAACCCGGUGACAAUCGUGAUUAUUUGGAAAGUACACGUUCACUCACCUACCUUGAAUGGGUUCAUGAGCGACAAACUAGACGAAUGCAAACUCGUUCUGAGUGGUUUCUAUCACCUACUGCACCAUCAUGUACUAAUGGUGGAGCAUCAAGAGUUGAAGGCGGACGAAUGUGCUACUCUCGUAUAUCACAACGUUUUUCAGCUUCGCCCAUUCAUCUGCGUUUAUCUGCAAAGAAAGUAACACCAUCUCGAGAAGAAUAUACGAGGCAUUCUGGUGAUGAAGAAAUGUGUUGUUGCUCGUCUACAAGUGGAACAUGUGGAGGAGCUGGAGCGGGCUAUAGUGAGGUUGGCCGCGGACGUUCAGGUUGUGCUGCUAUCAGUAGUACAUCUACUGACACAUCAAUGAAAUGUUCGCCACGACGGCCUGACUCUUGUUGCACAACUAGUGGUUGUUCGGCGGGUGAUGCCCAAAUGAAGUCGCAAACUGGCACAGAAGAGGAGGAAGCUGGAACAUCGGAUGAUGAUGCUUUUCUAGCUUGUAGCAAUAUUGAAUACCAACACCCUUUACAUUCAAAUCUCUUGACUCAACAUCCUCAUUCGCCAACAGCAAAAAUUCUAGUCGGCCGACAGCCAUUUCAGCUUCUUCAAGAACGACAAUAUUCUACUAGUACCACAGAUGGUUCAGCAAGUGCGCAAGUAACACCUUCAGCUGUUGAACUUUGUGCUAGUGGGAAAAGUGUUGGAAGUGGACGACAGCGUUUUUUUGGAAGUGGAGAACAUGAGGGUGGAUUGCAGGCUUUACCAGAAUUGUCCGAGACAACUACGUCUUCGCCGCUACCUCGACGUUUUUCAGCUCCAUAUGUGGAUAUUUCACCUACAGAUGAACAAAAUCUGGCAGAGAUAGUACCAGAAAAUACAGCAACACGGACGACUGCUGCUAGCAGUGUUUUGACACGUCCAAAACAUCAACAAAAGGGUGCUAAAUUAAUCCAAACAAUGAGCAGUGGUAGCAGCGGGAGUGGUAGUGGAGGCAGUGGAGCUAGUGCCCAGACUGUGAUUGGUGUUGUUGGGGUGAGCAUAGAACAGACUGAAAUAUUACAGCAGCAACAAGCAAGAAUAGUAGGUACUGGUGUGGUCCGACGGCGUAGUUGGAGAACUCAUUAUACACGCCCGAAAAACAAAUCUCUCGAUAGUGAGAUUGUUGUUGGAGUUGACAUUAGAGAAGAAGCCACUCCAUCUUCUCAUUCAAUUCAUUUACGCAGUUCCCCUCUUAUUUUUGGUCGUAGACACAGCUCUAAUGGAGAUGCACACAAGGAAAGAGGCAUAACAGAAGACCCACAAACAUCAUCGACGCCACAAACAUCAUCAGAAAGAGGAACGCUCAUUAGGCGAAAAUCUUCAAAUAAUAAUACAACGAAGUCAAAGCCGCCUGUUCAAACACGUAAAAGUACUCAAAUAUAAUUUUGAAUUACUUUUCUUCGAAUGAUCUCUUUUGUCCUCAAUCGUUUUCUUUUAAAUUUCAUUAAUUGACAUUCUUAAUUUAUAAAAUUGUCUUUCAUCUAAGGGAUUGGACCACGACGGUCUUCAAUUACGGACUAAAUUUUCAAUUUGAGAUCGAGGUUAGACAGGUCAGGGUCCAAACCUGCUUUCAUCAAUUUACUCUGAGAGAGUGAAACAUUCAUUAAGUCACUUGGCUUAUUUUGUUUUUUUUUGUGAUUU